AUGUCUCCUUUAGCUUCAUUUGUUUUAGCUGCUUUUAUUUCUGUGACAUCUGCGCAGUAUGUUCCACCGUACACGGAGGACUGCAGGACUGACAUGUAUCCUCCAAAAGGACCCACAUUUAAAGGCAGCGUCAGCUGGUAUACAAUAGAUUUGGACCUGCCGCCUCACAAGAGAUGGACGGCCGUGAUCACAGAGAAGAAAAAGGACCUGGAGAGUAUGAUUGAAAUCAUUAGAGACCUGGCAAAGGCCUUUGUGCCCAGCGGGAAACUGAUUGAGUUGGUGGAUAUAACUUUGCCUUUGAUUGUGAACACGCUGCCUGAUCCGUUUAAAGAUGAGAUCAAAGGAAUAGCAUUAGAUUCGGGCAUUCCUCUUGGCGAGAUCACUUUGUUCAACAUCUUCUAUGAGGUCUUCACUGUGUGCACCUCUGUUGUGGCAGAAGAUUCCAAAGGGAAUCUCCUCCACGGCAGAAAUCUGGAUUUUGGAUUAUUCAUGGGCUGGGACGUUAAGAACAAAUCGUGGAUCGUGAGUGAGAAGCUGAAGCCGCUGGUGGUGAACCUGGACUUCAGGAGGAACAACAAGACCGUCUUCAAGUCCACUAACUUUGCCGGCUACGUGGGCAUGUUGACGGGGAUGAGGCCGAACCUGUUCAGCCUGACCAUGAAUGAGCGCUUCAGUAUGGACGGAGGAUAUAUUGGAAUUCUGGAGUGGAUUCUGGGUCAGAGAGACGGCAUGUGGAUGAGCUUCCUGACGCGCUCGGUUCUUGAAAACGCAACCAGCUAUGACCAUGCCAGAUCUCUCCUGGCUCAGACCAAGCUGCUGGCCCCGGCCUACUUCAUCCUGGGGGGGAACCAGAGCGGACAGGGCUGCAUCAUCACGCGCUCCAGAGAGCUCAGCCUCGACCUGCUGGAGUUAAAUGUGAACCUGGGCCGAUGGUAUGUGCUGGAGACAAACUACGACCACUGGGAGGACCCCUUUUUUCUGGACGACAGACGAAUUCCGGCGAUGAAGUGCAUGAACAAGACCACACAGGAUAAAAUCUCAAUAACGACACUGUAUGAUGUGCUCUCAACAAAGCCUGUGCUAAACAAGCUGACCACUUACACAACACUGAUGCAAGUCUCCGAAGGCAAGAUUGAGUCCUACAUCCGCGACUGCCCAAACCCCUGCAUGCCCUGGUGA